CCGAGUGGGUGUGUGCGCGCGGCUCCCUCGACUUCGGUGGUGACAGAACUCCGUCGGAUAUGGGCGCUUAGUGCUCGACGUCGAGUCCGGAGGCGCAGGGGGGACCACCAAGCACCUGGUCGCAGAGAACCAUCGCGAACUGUCGAUUUCCUGCGGACUUGAGAGGCGUGGUGAUCAGUCCCACGUAUUAUUUUCUUUAAUCGUCACGGCGCUUUUUAGUCUCACUUAGCCAGAGAGGAGCUAAUCCUGCCCGUCCUGGGAGCUAAAAGGGCCGGACUCCACCUCGACGGCAGGAAAUACGCAACAGAUUCAAAACCCAGAAGGGCGUCGCCUGCGCCCCCCCCCCCCCCCCACCGGGACAGAACGGAACCAGGGAGGCGCUGCAGCAGACUGCGCGCAGUUCUCGAGGCGCUGUUCUAUCUUCCGAAGGGUUGCGUGCUUCAGUUUUGUGAGAAAAAAAUAUGUCAAAUGAAAUAAUUGUUAUAAGAAUGUGUUGAAAAGACUCAAUGUGAUGUGUUCGGUUAUUGUUGCAUUGUGCGUUGAAAGUGCUCUGAGAAUGUGUCAGAAAGUAGUGUAGCCUGAACGCGAGUGAUCGAACUUGAAAUGCCCUCAUUUCGAAAGUGCCGUCACUGAAGCAGUCCCGGAGAUGCCCUUGUCUCGCCCACGCCAAGGGGCACGGCGCACGCACGCCCCCACUGCCAUGGCCCUCUGAGCGCUGCCCGCGAUGUAGCUGCUCCUCGGCUGGCUCCCUGGCUCCUCUCAAAGCCGACGCCGCGCGGGCUUCUGGUUGAGUCCUUCUUGCUCCUUCCUGCCUAAAGCUCUGAUUCCUUCUGCCUUUUCAAUAGUGAAACUCGCUCUCUGGGACCUGACCUUCCUCAGCUUGCUUCCUGAGAGAGCAGAAGGAGGGAAGGGCGCGGAGCCGAGAGGCGGAGGGCGCGGCAGGAGCGAUCCUCGGCUCGAGAGGACCGGCCGCCUGCCCCGCGAGGAUGAGGAGCCACGUACUGCUGGUGUGCGGGGCGGUGCUGGCCGUCACGCUGGGCCACGGCGGCAGCAGCCAGAGCGCCUUCAGGGGCUUCCCGAGCGCCAUCCAGAUCGGCCAGAACUCCCGCCACUCCAAGUACUCGCGGCAGCAGCAGGAGGGGGAGGUGGACCUGGAGGGCAAGACCAAGCUCUCCAUCGGCAUCGUCCUGCCGCAUUCCACCUUCAGGAAGAGGCGGUACGAGAGUGCCAUCACGACUGCCAUCAUGAACAUGAAGAAGCACUCGGAGCUGCAGGAGGUCAUGCAGAAGUACCACUUCACCAGCAGGGAGGUGAUCAUGAGCACCAUGUUCGCCUCGUCCAGCCCGACCCGGAUCCUGCACACCCUGUGCGAGGAGUUCCUUCCCCGCAACGUGUCGGCGAUCCUGUACCUGUUCAACUCGGAGUCCUACGGCCGCUCCACCGCCUCCGUCCAGUACUUCUUCCAGCUGGCGGGCUACCUGGGCAUCCCCGUCAUCGCCUGGAACGCCGACAACUCCGGCCUCGAGAGGAGGACGUCGAGCCCGCAGCUGCAGCUGGCCCCGUCCAUCGAGCACCAGGCGGCGGCCAUGCUGUCCAUCCUGCAGCGGUACUCGUGGCCGAAGUUCGCCGUGGUGACGUCGCUGAUCGCGGGCCACAACGACUUCAUCCAGGCGCUGCGGGAGCUCGUGCUGGAGCUGCCCGAGAAGGGCUCCGGCCAGGAGUUCACCAUCACCAACACGAUCCGCGUGAGCGACCCGGACACCGACCUCAUGGAGCUGGUCAGUUCGGAGGCGCGGAUCCUGUUCCUGUACUCGACGCGCACGGAGGCGGAGGCCAUCAUGGACAGGGCCACGCAGCUCGGCCUCACAGGGAAGAACUACCUGUGGAUCGUCACUCAGAGCGUCAUCCAGAGCCGGACGGAGGCGCCGCCGGAGUUCCCCGUCGGGAUGCUCGGCGUGCACUUCGACACGGGCAACGACGCCAUGAUCGAGGAGAUCAAGACGGCGAUGCAGGUGUUCAUCUGGGGCCUGGCGGACCACGUGCGGGACGAGGCCACGAGGGGCGUGCUGCCCGACCUGGCGCCGCACCUCUCCUGCGACACCGGCGACGCCCGCUGGAGGGGCGGAGAGAAAUUCUACAGGCGUUCUUCCUCCCGCCAUCGGCCAGUCGCCUCGGGCUUUGCGCCGAGGCCGAGGCGCGAGGCAGCGCGAGCACAGGAAGCAAGGACCUCGGAGGCCAGCGGGAAAGGAAUGGCGCCGUCAGACAAGGCGCGGAGGACAGAGCGGGGAAAUGUGCGGAAAAAUCAGAGGUCCAUUUGUUAUGUUUGUCCUUCGCCUCAAGGGAAACGCCAGUCGGCAAAUACAGGCUCAUCGAAGGCUGCCUCUCCAGCCGUUAUUGAAAUCAGAAUUAUGUAUUCACGAUCGAUCGGUACUUUCUCGCGGGACCCACGGCGCCGCAACCUCUCCUGGGAGCGCCACAGGUUGUUCUUGAACCGACUUUCUGGUGCUCUUCGAUAUACAGGGGCUGUGCGGCCUCUGUCUGUAACCCCCGCUGUUGGCCCGAGGCGAUGGGUGCGUCUCGAUAUGAUGAAUGACUCUGCAGAUAAGAUUUCCAUUCCUGUCCUUCACGCAGGGAAAAAUGACCAGAAUAUUAAACAAGAAAAAAUAACCGCGACGCGGGAACUUUUGACUGCUAUGGUUUCUGCGGCGCUAAUGCCUCGGAAGGUAUUCACGAUCGAUCGUACUUUCUCGCGGGACCCACGGCGCCGCAACCUCUCCUGGGAGCGCCACAGGUUGUUCUUGAACCGACUUUCUGGUGCUCUUCGAUAUACAGGGGCGACGCGGGAACUUUUGACUGCUAUGGUUUCUGCGGCGCUAAUGCCUCGGAAGGUAUUCACGAUCGAUCGUACUUUCUCGCGGGACCCACGGCGCCGCAACCUCUCCUGGGAGCGCCACAGGUUGUUCUUGAACCGACUUUCUGGUGCUCUUCGAUAUACAGGGUCUCUGGAGUCACUGGCGGCGCCUUUUGAUGCAUUCAGCAAUGAGGCGAAGCCCUUAGGCCCUGAGGUCUCCUGGGCCAAGACCAAGAUCCAAGAUUUUGGGGGCCUUUUAAGGGAACCCGUUCAGUCGAUACAUGCUUGCGGUGAGAACGUUGAAAUCUCAGAGAGUUUUACAUACCCCGGUAGCGCAUGUCUCUGGGCUGUCAAUUGGCAGGACGUUGUGUCCAUCCGACGGCUUUACCAUGCGACCGUUAAGGGACCUGUUACUUGCAUAAUCCGGGAUCGCCAACACAGGCUCUACGGGCACCUAGUUCGUUUCCAUGUGGAUGACCCAUCAAGCUGUCUCUUCUCGGGACCCUCCUGGAUCGGCGUGUGGAAGUCGGUCCUGCACGGCGGCCUGGAAGUGAAGGACAUCGUGUGGCCGGGCUACUCGCACGUCCCGCCCAACGGCAUCCCGGAGAAGUUCCACCUCAAGAUCACCUUCAUGGAGGAGCCUCCCUUCAUCAACAUGGACCCCCCGCACCCCGUCACCGGCAAGUGCACGGCCAACAAGGGCGUGCCGUGCAGGAUCGCGUCGGACGAGAUGAUGCAAGGCGUCAACGUGACCUGGGCGAUGCGGAACUCCAGCUACUACCGGUGCUGCUCGGGCUUCUGCAUCGACCUGCUGGUCAAGUUCUCGCAGGACCUCGGCUUCUCCUACGACUUCUUCAGGGUGGAGGACGGCAUCUGGGGCGCCAUUGUGAACGGGAAGUGGACCGGCCUCCCGGGAGCCAUCAUAAACGGCAAGGCGGACAUGAUUAUGACGUCGUUCAAGAUCAAUUCACAGAGGGAGGAGGUGCUGGACUUCACGGUGCCCUUCCUGGACACGGGCAUAGCCAUCGUGGUGGCCAAGCGGACGGGCAUCAUUUCGCCCACGGCCUUCCUGGAGCCCUUCGACACGGCCUCCUGGAUGCUGGUGGCCCUGGUGGCGAUCCAGGUGGCCGCCGUGUCCAUCUUCCUGUUCGAGUGGCUCAGUCCCUCGGGAUACAACAUGAAGCUCCAGGCGCCCCAGAACCACCGCUUCUCUCUCUUCCGAACGCUCUGGAUGGUGUGGGCCAUCCUCUUCCAGGCCGCCGUCAACGUGGACUGCCCCCGCGGCUACACCGCCAGGUUCAUGGGCAACGUGUGGGCCAUGUUCGCGCUCAUCUUCCUGGCCAUCUACACCGCCAACCUGGCUGCUUUCAUGAUCACCCGAGAGGAGUUCUAUGACCUGUCUGGCAUCGAGGACAAGAGGCUGCAGAACCCGACGUCGAUGAAGCCGCCGUUCAAGUUCGCCACGACGCUGCAUGGCAACACGGACGUCCUCAUGAAGAAGUCGUUCCCGGUCAUGCACGCCUACAUGAGGCAGUUCAACCAGUCGAGUCCCCUGCAGGGCAUACGCGCCGUCAAAAAGGGGAAACUGGAUGCCUUCCUGUACGACGCCACGGUGCUGGAGUACCUGGUGGGGCAGGACGACGAGUGCCGCCUCCUGACCGUGGGCUCCUGGUACGCGCUCACGGGCUACGGCGUCGCCUUCGCCAGGAAGUCCAAGUACUUGGAAAUGUUUAACGAGCAGAUAAUGAAGUACCGAGAGAACGGGGACCUCGAGAGGAUCGCCAGGUUCUGGUUCACGGGCGCCUGCAAGCCCAACAAGCAGCAGAAGUCCUCGAGCAAGCCCCUGGCCCUCGAGCAGUUCAUGUCCACCUUCCUCCUGCUGGGCUGCGGCAUCUUGCUCGCCCUCCUGCUGCUGGGCCUCGAGCACGUCUACUUCAAGUACUUCCGCCAGUACGUGGCCAGGUCGGAGACGGGCACCUGCUGCGCCCUCCUCAGCAUGAGCAUGGGCAAGUCGCUGAGUUUCCCCGGGGCGGUGUUCGAGAGCCAGGACGUGCUGCGGGCGCACCGGUGCCAGGACCCUCUUUGCGACACCCACCUGUGGAAGGUCAAGCACGAGCUGGACAUGGCGCGCCUCCGCAUCCAGCACCUGGAGAACCAGCUGGUCGACCACGGACUCCGGCCGCCGCACAAGAACUGCGGCGCCGGCCGGGACCCCUGCUGGGCGCACGCGCUCCCCGCCCUGCACGUGGACCUUGACCUCUAUGACGACCACGACGAGUAUGACGACGGGGAGCUGUCCACUGCCUCCGCCCCCGCCGACUUCAGGAGGCCGCGAGACAUGACGCGGAACCACGUGGCCAACAACGAGCCCAUCAGGGGCCCUCUCCUGGCCGCCGCGAGCAGCAGCAGCAGCGGCGGACGGAGGUACCGGCGGCUGGAGGUGGCUGAGCUGGAGACGGUGCUGUGAUGGCCUCGUCGCUGCGCCGAAGGGGGCGUGUGGACGCGGCGCGGGCGGCGGCGUCCCCUGUGGCGGGGGGCGCGACUCCAAGGGCGCGACGCGUCGCGCCAGACGGAAGUGCGAUGCGCCUGCGGUGACGACCGCGACGACCUGUUGGCCAGACCACUGUGUUCAGCAAAAGUGCUUUUCUUCUGGAAAUGACCGGUAGAUUUAUCCCCUCGGUCAGGAGUAAGUGCAGUGGAUUCAUGAGGAAAUGGUGCUAUUGGUGAUGUGAACUGCCGCCCAUCGCCCGGAUGCGCCCGGCCGCACGUCGCGGAUGCCGUGCGCUGGACAGGAAUACGCACUCGGCCACGUGUGAAGCUCAACUCCUGUGAUCCUCGUCUUUUGACGCUGACGUGAAGGCUCUCCAGCGCGGUCCAGACGCCGGCGGUCGCUGCGCCCGUUGCCGCCCUCAAAGGGCAGCCGCGCAGAAAGAAAGCACUGGCCGAGUGCAGUUAGAGCAAACACAUGUAUACGAACAGAAUUCAGUAAAGUAGAACGGGCAAUAUUUUGUAAAUUUCAACAAGCAUCGGGCAAGCGGGGGUCGCCUCGGCUGGCACGGUCCUGCGGCCAAGGUCUGUGCAGGGAUACAGACCUCGCCUGCGGCA